CUCCCCAACCACCCAAUGACCUUCUUUCCUCAGGGUGACCACUCCCACGGGCUGGCUUUCCGGCACACCCACAAACAGCCCAGCCUCGGAAGUCAGCCCGCAUUCCAGGGACCAGACCGUCUGCGGGGUGCUGCUUUCCACUCCUCUGGCAGGGAAACGCUCUUGGAAGGGCUGGAAAGGUGCCGGAGUCCAGCCAUGCUGGCGCUGCUGUGUGCCUGCUGGUUCCUGGUGGCCUGGGCCUCGGGUGCCUCGGUGGGCUUCGAUGCCAGCCUCGGGGGCCCAGAGGAGCCGAACCGAGACCUGCGCGCCAUAGUGACGGAGACCGGGGAGGAGAUGGCCCGGCGGCGGCGGGAGGCCACCAUGCUCUACGCGGCCUGCCAUGUGCAGCCGUCAGCCAGUCUGGACACCACGGACCCCCAGGUGACCGGCCUGGUGCUGUUCCGGCAGCUGGCACCCGGGGGCCGGCUCGAUGCCUACUUCGAUCUGAAGGGCUUCCCCUCGGAGCCCAACAUCUCCUGCCGCGCCAUCCACGUGCACCAGUUCGGGGACCUGAUGCCGGGCUGCGACUCCAGUCGAUUUAUCCUGCAGAAUUACCUGCUGGAACACGGGGCUCCAGCAGCCAGCAAACAGGUCUCGGCAGGGGCUGUGGAUUCCAGACCCGAAGCCCCACCUUCUGAGCCUGCUUAA